UCAUUUCUGUUCAGUCGGGAAAAAAAUCCCUCGCAUCGGUCAACACGCUCAUUGAGUGAAUGAGAGAGUCAACGGCAAGCGCAACUGUCAAUUGUCAAACUCUUUUCUUGGUUAACGUCAACUAAAAUGACGAAAGGUACAUCAAGUUUUGGAAAGCGUCAUAAUAAGACGCACACAUUGUGUCGACGAUGCGGUCGCUCAUCGUACCACAUCCAGAAGUCAGUUUGCGCCCAAUGCGGAUACCCAGCUGCUAAAAUCCGAUCAUACAAUUGGUCAGACAAGGCAAAGCGCAGAAAGACCACAGGAACUGGCCGAUGCCGUUACUUGAAAAUUGUGCGUCGUCGCUUCCGCAACGGAUUCCGUGAGGGUGGACAAGCCAAACCACGCAACAAGCAAACCAAGGCUUAAAUUAUUCGCUUCUAAACUGCUUAUGAACUUGUAACAUCCAAACAGUUUCCACCAACCACAACAACAACAACAAAACUUAUUUUGUAAAUCCGUUUUUUCGAAUUGUACGCGACGUAAUUGAGUGCGCAUAUUGGCAUAUCUAUGCCAAUGGAAUGCAACCAAUUUUCAACGCUAACAAUAAAAAUGUUCAAAAUAAACGAGAAAAAAAAAAUUGAAAAUCAGUUAAUGAUUUUAACCUAAAACACAAA